AUGGAAGCCGUCAAGGAUACAGAGUCACAGCAUGUGGAGAACACUGAGUUCAUAGACGUGGAGAAGAGUGCUAUCCAACGUAUCCGAGUCUCUGUUUCCGAGCAGGCUCACAUCCGAAGGAAGUUCGACCGCCGUGUAUUGCCCAUUGUUUGUAUCCUCUAUAUCCUCUCUUAUCUGGAUAGAGGAAAUGUGGGAAAUGCCAAAACUGCCGGGCUGGAGAGUGGCCUAGGGCUCAGUGAUUCGCAAUGGACUUGGGUUCUCAACUCGUUUUACAUCUGCUAUGUCGUCUUCGAAUGGACCACGGUCCUGUGGAAACUCCUCCCUGCCCAUAUCUACGUGACCGUGUUAUGCAUCUGCUGGGGUGCAGCAGCCAUGUGUACCGGUACAGUGGACAACAUGGCUGAGCUGAUCGUCUGUCGAUGCUUUCUGGGCGUUUUCGAGGCCGCCUUCGGAGCUGGAGCUCCAUACUUCUUAUCGUUGUUCUAUCAACGAUAUGAACUUGGAUUUAGGGUCUCAUUGCUGCUGGGGAUGUCUCCCGUGGCCAAUUGCUUUGCCAGUGCGUUAGCCUACGGGAUAACACAGAUCAAACAUUCGAUCGCCCCGUGGCGAUAUCUAUUCAUUAUUGAGGGUGCACCCACCGUUAUCUUCUCUAUUGUCGUCUUCUUCUUCCUCCCAGACUCUCCAGGCACGGCAAAGUUCCUGACCGAAACGGAGCAAACUCACGCCGUUGAGAGACUGCAGACAGUUGACCGCACCGCAAAAACCCGACUCGACCGGAGACAGGUCUUCAACGGACUGACAGAUUACAAGAACUAUGUCCACACAGCAAUCCACUUUUGCUGCAACUUCUCCUUCGCGGGACUGUCCAACUUCCUCCCUACUAUCCUCAACGACAUGGGGUAUACAUCAGUCAAUGCACAGGGUCUGUCUGCUCCCCCGUAUUUUGCGUCAUUCCUGCUCUGCAUCGUGGCAGCGGUUGUUUCAGACCGAUGGGGAGGAAGAGGGCUUGUGGUCGCAUUCUCUGCGACUGUCGGAAUGAUUGGCUACCUUAUUCUGGCAGCUGUAGAGGAUGAAUACAAGACUGGGGUGCGGUAUCUGGGUGUUUGGUUGGCUACGUGCGGAGUCUUCCCAGCCCUGAGUAUCAACAUAACCUGGCUGUUGAAUAACCAGGGCGGUGAUUCCAAGAAGUCUGCCGGAAUGGCGCUGCUUGCGGUUUUCGGGCAGUGUUCAAGCUUUGUGAGCAGUGCUGUGUUUCCCAACUCCGAAGGUCCAAUUUAUAUUCGCGGAUGUGCCAUUGGAUGUGGCUUGACGGGGUGCAUUGCGAUCAUGGCUCUGGGACUAUAUGCAAAACUGACCCUGGAGAAUGAGAAGCGGGACAGGAUGUAUGGUACUGUGUCCAGAGACGUUCAUGUCGAUGUGACGAGAGAUGGAGAUAAGAACCCUCAAUUCCGCUAUUUGACUUGA